UUAUUGAUACCUAUGGUUUAUGAACAUACCUUCCUGUGGCAGGAACCUGGCGUAAAAUAUGCCUUGGAUCAUCUUGUCUCUUGAUGGUAUUUAUGAGACCAUGACGUGCAAUCUAACGAUAGGUAGUAUUAUCCAGGGCGACUACAUUUCAAAGUGUUCACACACAAGAUGAUGAUAGUACAAAACUUAGAGUGAUCAUGGUGUAUCUCACUCAAGAGUCCGUGUUAUUGGCAAAAACCUUGUGUGGUUGAAUGCAUAUGGCCCUCAAGCUACACUCGAUGCGGUAUCUUGAUAGGUUAUUGAAGUUUCAACGUUUGGACAAUGCCCAUGUGAACUUGAACUGUUGAACUUUCAGGGACAUGGAGGGUCAAUACCUGCAUUAAGUGUAGGUGGACCGGCUAAAUGCCGGCUGUUACAGAAUGACGCUGCUUGUCUCGAUUAGGGAAGCUUCUAUCAACUACUUCGGAAGUCGCUUCUUGUCAUGAACAGAAAACAAAACAAACUUUUAAUCUCAUCAUUCUCAUUUUCAUCUUAUCUCAUCAUUCAGAUUUAGAGUGAUACAUGUUCCAAAUUUAGGGAAACAUAACAUAAUUUACAAUAUCCAUAGAAUUAUUCCUUACUUAAUACUAAGAUCCUAAGACAAUGGCCGAAGUUCAAGGAUCUAAGCCCGAGGCCGAUAAACCCGAAACUCUUAAGCCGGAUGAGCCUACCACGCCCAUUCAAGAGCUCUGGACAACUGCGAAAGCCCAUUCCCAUCCCGAGGUCUGGGGCGUCACCUUAGCCGACCCAGCCAGCCAUAUUCCCAGUCAGAUUGUCCUACAGAAAUACCUUAACGCUAAUGAUGGCGACGUGGUGAAGGCCCAGGAUCAGCUCACUAAAACUCUUGACUGGCGUGCUAAGUUGCAGCCUCUGGAACUUAUCAAGAAGAGUUAUAGCAAGACCAAGUUCGAGGGCCUCGGCUAUGUUACCAAAUAUGCAAGCUCAGAUGAGAAGACCGCCCAGAACGACCCCGAGACUCGCGAAAUCUUCACCUGGAACAUCUACGGUGGUGUCAAGUCUAUUGAUGAGACAUUCGGCAACCUCGAUGAAUUCAUUGGCUGGCGCGUCGCCCUUAUGGAGCUAGCCGUGCAAGAGUUGUCGCUCCCUACUGCUACCAAGCCUAUCACGGCUAGCUGGGAUCCCUAUAAGAUCUUCCAAGUGCAUGACUACAAGUCCAUCAGCUUCCUGCGACAGUCGCCUGCUGUGAAAGCCGCUAGCACUGAGACAAUUAAGGUUUUCGCCACGGCGUACCCGGAACUGCUCAAAGAAAAGUUCUUUGUUAACGUUCCCGCCAUAAUGGGCUUCAUGUACGGCGUGAUGAAGCUCUUCGUCGCCCCCAAGACCAUCAAGAAGUUUCACCCCAUGUCCAAUGGUGGCAAUCUGGCCAAAGAAUUCACCGAAACCAAGGUUCCCGGCCUCGGCGAGAAGCUGCCGGCUGAAUACGGCGGCAAAGGCGUGGAUCUAAAGGACCAGGGGAAGGAACCCCUCAUCGAAUAAAUCGUUGACUUCACAUCGGACGAUGGCAGUAUUUCGCGAUUCUAGUAAUGAUAGUUGGUGGCUAGUCAAUCAACAAUUGACUAGCAGCGGAGGUAAUAAUGGGGAAUGACGGUAAUGAGGCAUGAAAGUUUGCAUUUGAUUUACUA